GCAUUUCUCUCUGCGGCAUCCAAGCUGUCUCAUGUCUUGCUAGCUACAACCGUUCCCAUGCUUCACAGAAUUCUGUGGACGGAGCACUCCCUAUGGGUGGCUGAAAAAAGACUUGCUUGGACAGCUGAUCCUGUCAAAGCUCCCCCGUCGCAGGUUUCUUUUAGGCCUAUUUGUGUUCAUCAAAAGAAUGAACAGAUAGUCCCAAACCUACGCUUUCUCCCUUAGACGCCAACCUCUGGAGAGUGAAGGAUGGAUAUGCUUAAUGACAGCCUCUUUGACAUUGAUCCCAACAAUUCUGAUUUCCUGUGUGAACUCAUCAUAAGAAAUGGAUCCGUUUUCUGCAUUCAUCCUUCUCAGCCUUUUAAAGAUUUGGACCAGCCAGUUCGGAUUCUGCUCUAUUCCGUGAUUUUUCUGCUCAGUGUUCUGGGCAACACCCUGGUCAUCAUAGUGCUGAUCAGAAACAAGAGGAUGAGGACUGUCACCAACAUCUUCCUGCUCUCACUGGCCUUUAGUGAUCUCAUGCUUUGCUUCUUCUGCAUGCCCUUCACCCUCAUUCCCAACCUCCUGCAUGAUUUUAUUUUUGGCAGCGCUGUCUGCAAAAUUACCAGCUACUUCAUGGGUAUCUCAGUCAGUGUAUCUACAUUCAACCUGGUUGCAAUAUCUUUGGAGAGAUACAGUGCCAUUUGCAAACCAUUGCAGUCUCGAGUCUGGCAGACUAAAUCACACGCGUUGAAGGUGAUUACCACAACUUGGUGCCUCUCCUUUACUAUCAUGAUGCCAUACCCAAUUUACAGCCAGCUGGUACCAUUCACAACACGCUACAACAGCACAGCGAACAUGUGUCGUGCCAAUUGGCCAAACAAAGUGACCCAGCAGUCUUGGUACAUCUUCCAGCUGCUCAUUCUCUUCCUUAUCCCAGGGAUUGUAAUGAUGACUGCAUAUGGCUUAAUUUCCUUGGAGCUCUACAGAGGAAUACAAUUCUAUGUCAGUCAAAGAAAGUCUUCACGAGAAAGGAAAGCUAGCACGACCAGUGGCAAAUAUGAAGACAGUGAUGGAUGUUACCUGCAAAAAAGCAAGAAGAAAAAGAAAAAUAUGCCACUUCAACAACAUUCAGCAAACAGCAGCACCAGACUCGAGCGCCCUAGAAGCAGCUGCUCAACUGCCAGCCUGAUGGCCAAGAAACUAGUCAUCCGAAUGUUGAUCGUGAUCGUGAUCUUAUUCUUCAUUUGCUGGACUCCCAUUUUCAGUGUCAAUACCUGGCGUGCCUUCGACACCAAGUCAGCAAACCUGCUUCUCUCAGGAACCCCUAUCUCUUUCAUUCAUUUGCUCUCCUACACUUCUGCCUGUGUGAACCCCAUUAUCUACUGCUUCAUGAACAAGCGCUUCCGCUUGGGGUUUUUGGCGACUUUCACUUGCUGUGCCAAGCAAAAACUUCCAGCAGUCAGAGCUGAAAUGGCAGAGGAGGAAGAAGGGAAGACCACGGGAGCAUCACUUUCCAGGUACUCUUACACGCACAUGAAUACACCACCUCCUCCAUGAAUGUGUCCAGUUAAGAGUGAGGAAACAAAUCAAACAUUUUAUCUCCUCCUGUCAUCUUUACUUGUGUCUAGCGUAUCUACCAUGGCUUAUUAUGAAAAUAUGUCAGUAAAGCAGGUGUGUGUAAGAGAUUAACAACACCAUAAUUUGUCAAGGGUCUCCCAAGAGACAUAAAUACAUUUCAGCUUUGUCUCUGAAAUAUAAAGAGGAUAAAAUCUCUGGUAGAAAAGAAAAAGGUUGAUAAAGAUAGCCCUAGAGCUUUGUAUACUAUAGCUCAUCUAUACACACAAACUCACCAAAAACUCUAGUAACUAGCAUUAGCCAUAAAUGCUCAGUAAGUAGGUUGGCCAUCUUUCCCACUCACUGUGUUUUGUAUAUUCUAUUACAAUGAGAUUCUUCAGCGGUCAAUUCAUGAGUCCCAGUUGGUAUCAGUGGUCACUGUAAGAGGGAUUCCCAGAAGUUGUU